ACGUAACGGGAAAGAUGUCCGCUUUGCGGAAUUUUACGUUUACGACAUUCUGUGUUUUGCUUGUAGUAAAAGGUCUGUCAACAGCACCUGUCAAUGUCCCCUUAACGAGCGUUUCUAAUCUGCUUAUUCAAACUGCCUUGAAUUCUCUCAAUGAAAGUUCUCCAAAUCACCACACUUAUCAAAAUGGUGAACUCAUAAGUGCUCAAAAAUUGGAGGUGUCGCCCUUCACAGUCUACAGACUCACCUUCAACCUCGACCCAGCUUGCGAUGAUAAAUCAGUCUGUCCCAAAGAAGCUUGCACCCUCGAAGUCAAGCAACACGAGCGAGGAGCCGUAAGCGUUAAUCGAGAUUCAGUUCAAUGCUUGUAUCUCCAUCCCCAGUCCAAACCCCAGGUUCCAAAUCCCGAUCACGAACAGAUCGAUUCCCUAGAAAAACCAAUCGGAGAUAAUAUAAAACUCGACCAUGAAGUUCAGACUUCAGCAGACCACAAUGAUCGUCCCUUUAUUGCUGUUCCAGCCAAUAAGUCCCCAUAUUGUCCCGGAUGUCCCUACGAGCUUAAUCCCAGAAACCUUCCGGGCGUCUCGGCUUUCGUGGACCAGAUCGUCAAAUCCAUGGACGAUUCUCUCCCCGGUGAUUUUAAACACACGGCCAUCACUAUCCUCAGAAUCUCGAGAUCAGUUCCACCAAAUGCCAAUGUCGUCCGCUACGAAUUUCUGAUUCUAAUCGCAGAAACAUCUUGUUUGAAAACUUCCCUAGUGGAAAGAACCGAAUGCUCUCUUCAAUCCGGCGUCCCAAUCAACAGGUGCCUCGUGACCUUGGAAGAGAAGCCCUGGCAAGAAAACAGUCGAGUGAUUACGAAAAAUAAUUGCACCGGUACAAAUCUUGAAAAUGAGUUGCACUCGAGUGUUGGUACCAGUUUUUCUCCAGCAAAUAUGCCCUCGGAAAAUAAUUCGGCGAGUUCCGUUUUGAACCAGGAAGGAUAUGAGGACUCGAAGACUGAAUUUUUUGAUCAGGUGGCGCAGGAGGGAAAAUUUAGUACUUACGAGACGAUGCCUAAUCAGUAUUUCGAGCCGCCGACUUUGAAUUUGACGGUGGAGGGUGAUGAUGGAAAUAUCAAGAGGGUUGUGGUUGAUGAACCGGCGAAAAAGGUGCUUUUGGAUAAGGAUCAUGUGGAGGCGGAGAAGAAGGAGGAAUUCGCGGAUAGGAUGAAGGAGUUUGAUUCCUUUUUGAAAGAGUUUGAUGUUCUUGUUCGAGAAAUGGAGCCGAAGAAAGAUGAGAGGAUCCCGGUUGUGGAGGAUGUGAUCAAGCAGGUGAAGAUUGAAAGGGGAUCGCAGAGUGAAGAAGAGAAUGGAGAAGGAUCUUCUAAAAAGCUGAUCGAGUCGAUUCGAGUCAAGAGGGAUUUGGCAAAUGAAGAUUUGGUUCUUGUUCAGGAUGAAUUGUUGCUGAAGAAGUUGGCCAGGAAGGCUAUUGCGAUCCUGGAUGAUAUCGAUUCGGAUUCAAUGAAGAGGAUCGUUUUGAAGGUCCUGGAGGCAAAGAAAGAGAAAGUGAAGACGAAUCAAGUUAAUUAUUACCUUAAACUAAAGGUAGCGACGACGACUUGCAGCGAGGGUGAACUCGAUUUCGCUGAAGAAAGACGCUGCCUCGAGGACGCAAUUAAUCCAGUUCGAAGCUGUAAAAUCCAAAUCUUAACAUCCGAAGAAAAUCCUUUACUCUCUCCCAAGAUAAUCGAAUCCGCAUGCAUCGACUUUUCCGAAGAAGUAAAAACGAGACGUCGUCGUGAAAUUCUCGCUGGGGGUUCCACAAAAAAGGAUAUAAAAGACCCUAAAAUUCAAAAGUACGCCCAGCUCGGUCUCCAAGAAUACGCCAAAAAUUUUGACAGUUCCUACGAACCUAUUAUCGCUAACAUUACUGACGCGAAAGUUCAGGUCGUAUCCGGAAUUCUCUACAAAAUCAAAGUCCAAUUCGGAAACAGCAAUUGUCGGAGAGGAGAAACAGAAAAUUGCCAACUUCAAUCAGACGGUGAACGCAAAGAGUGUCUCAUCAAAGCCUGGUCCCAACCCUGGCUUGAUAACGAUAAUCCAAAAAUCACAGUCGACUGUGAAUCUGACGAAGGUAAAGGAUCCGAUAGUUUAAAUUCCAAAAGUCUUGCUCGAAAUGUUGAGGUUGAAAGGAAGAGAAGAUCCCUUCCUGGAGGUAUAACACCCAUGAAUAUAAGCGAUCCUGAUAUUCAAAACUACGCAAAACUCGGUCUCCAGCAAUAUUCCCAGAGUCUUCAAAGUGUCAACGAACCUGUUAUCGCCAGAAUAGUCGAAGCUUCUUCGCAGGUCGUUUCCGGGAUGCUCUACAGAAUUAAAGUCCAAUUUGGAAGCAGCGAUUGUCCGAAAGGGCAAACAGAAAAUUGUCAACUACAAUCUGAUUCGGAAUUGAAAGAGUGUGACAUAGAAGCCUGGUCUCAACCCUGGCUUGAUAAAGGAAAACCGAAAAUCACAGUCACAUGUGGAUCUAAGAGGAGAAAACGAUCCACGUAUGAAGCUAAAGCAAAAGAAUGGGAUGACAUGUAUGAUAUGCCGGUAUCAAUAGACGAUACAGUUGAAACUAACGCUCAGCAAGGUCUCCAAAAAUACGCCGAGACUAGUAAAAGUCUGUAUGAACCACUUAUUGCUAAAAUCAUUAAUGCGACUGAUAACAGCGAUUUAGGAGUAACAAAAAUCACUGUCAAAAUCGGAGACAGUAAUUGUAAGAAAGGAGAAAAAAAUAAUUGUAAACUUCAACCUCACACAAAAUUAAAAGAGUGUUUGAUGAGAAUCUCGGAUGAUCAAACCGGUAGGAGAAUCGAAGUUGUCUGCAACGAUUCAAAGCAAUCUAAAAAAAAAUCCCAUAAAGUGAAGUCGAAACGUCCUAAUGGGGGUACAGCACCAGGGGAUGUAAAUGAUCCUGAAGUAAAAAAGUACGCGAAUUACGGCCUUAAAAAAUAUUCCGAGAGUCUUAAAGGUUCUCAAGAACCUGUCAUCGCCAAAAUAAUCACGGCUUCUGGUUCGAAGCAGGUCGAUGGAAUGCUUUACAAAAUCGAAGUGCAAUUUGGAGACAGCGAUUGUCCAAAAGGAAAAAGAGUUCAUUGCAAACUUCUAUCUGACCCAAAAUUAAGACAGUGUGUGCUAGAAAUUGUGAAGGCUCCUGGGGUAAAUAAUGAACCUUCAAAAGUCACAGUUAACUGCAAACCUUCAGAUAUCUCUCCAGAAGGAUCUCAAGAAAAAUCCGAUACAGUAAAAUCCAGACCUCGUCGUGAUACUGAAAGGAUCAAACGAACCACGGAUGAAGAUAAACGAUACGCGGAAGAAGAUAAACAGUUCGAAGAAGCGUACGACACACAGACACCAGUAAACGCUCAAUAUAAAAAAUAUGCUAAAAAUGGUCUCAAAAAAUACGCCGAGACUAGUAAAAGUCUGUACGAACCAAUUAUUGCUACAAUCGUUAAUGCGACUGAGAAUCCAGACUCAAUGGUCAAUAAAGUUUAUGUCAAAUUCGGAGACAGUACUUGUAAGAGAGGUCAAACACAGAAUUGUAAACUUCAACCUCACACGAAAUUAACAGACUGUGUGAUAAGAAUUGCGGUUAGUCCAAAUGGUGAUCAUACGGAAGUUAUUUGUAAUGAUUCAAAUAAGUCUGCAAGGAAAUCUAAAAAAAAAUCGGAUGACGUAAAGUCCAAUCGGGUUCAUGGGGGUAACACACCAAGGAAUGUAAAUGAUCCUGAUAACGAUGCGAAGGAAGAACAAUUUUGGGAAGAGGCGUUUGACGUGCCGACAUUAAUAGACGAGAAUGUUAAGAAGAACGCUCAGCUUGGUCUAAAAAAAUAUGCCGAGACUAGUAAGAGUCCUUAUGAACCACUUAUUGUUAAAAUCAUUAAUGCGACUGAGAAUAACGACUCGGGUAUCAAUAAAAUCAAUGUCAAAUUCGGAGACAGUACUUGCAAGAAAGGACAAAAACAGAAAUGCAAACUUCAAACUAACACAGAAUCAACACAGUGUAUGAUAAAAUACCCUUGGGGAAAUGAAGAUUUUAAAGAUUAUACAAAAGUCACAGUUGUCUGCAAUCAGUCAGAGAAAUCUAAAAGAAAAUCUGCUAAAGUAAAGUCCAAACGUUCUCAUGGGGGUAAAACACCAAGGGAUGUGAAUGAUACUGAUAUAAAAAAUUACGCGAAUUUUGGCCUGAAGAAAUACUCCGAGACUCUUAAAAGUCCUCAAGAACCCGUCAUCGCCAAAAUAAUCACAGCUGCUGCUUCCAAGCAUAGCGACGGAAUGCAUUACAAAAUAGAAGCCCAAUUCGGAGACAGCGAUUGUCCAAAAGGAAAAAGAGAUCAUUGCAAACUUCUAACUGACCCUAAAUUAAGACAGUGUAUGCUAGAUAUUGUGAUAGCUCCUGGGGUAAAUAAUGUACCUUCGAAAGUGAAAGUUGACUGUAAAACUCCAAAACACUCUCCAGAGGAAUCUGAACAAAAAUCCGGUGAAAUAAAAUCCAGACCUCGACGUGAUGCUCUUCUUGGCGGUACAUCACCAAUGGAUGUAAAUGAUCCUGAUAUUCAAAAUUACGCAAAACUCGGCCUCCAACAAUAUUCUCAGACUCUUCAAAGUGCCAAUGAACCGGUUAUCGCCAGAAUAAUCGAAGCUUCUUCCCAGGUCGUUUCCGGGAUGCUCUACAGAAUUAAAGUCCAAUUCGGAAACAGCAAUUGUCCGAAAGGGCAAACAGAAUAUUGCCAACUACAAUCUGAUUCUGAAUUGACAGACUGUGAAAUAAAAGCCUGGUCUCGACCCUGGCUUGAUAAAGGAAAACCGAAAAUCACAGUCACAUGUGGAUCUGAAAGGAGGAAACGAUCCACGGCCUUAGAUAAAGAACUAGCGAGUGAACAAAAAUCGCUCGAAGACAUGUUUGACGCACCGACACCAAUAAACGAUCAAUAUAAAAAAUACGCUCAGGAAGGUCUAAAAAAAUACGCAGAGACUAGUAAAAGUCUGUACGAACCACUUAUUGCUAAACUCCUUAAUGCGACUGAGAAUGACGAUGCAGAGGUCAAGAAAGUUUAUGUCAAAUUCGGAGACAGUACUUGCAAAAAAGGAGAAAAAAAUAAUUGCAAACUUCAACCUCACACAAAAUUGACAGAUUGUGUUGUAAGAGUCUAUGACGAUCAAGACGGCCAUAGAGUCGAAGUUGUCUGCAACCAUCCAAAGAAAUCUAAUAAAAAAUCCAGUAAAGUGAAGUCCAAACGUCCUCAUAGGGGUUCAACAACAAGAGAUGUGAAUGAUCCUGAUAUAAAAAAUUACGCGAAUUUCGGCCUGAAGAAAUACUCCGAGACUCUUAAAAGUCCUCAAGAACCCGUUAUCGCCAAAAUAAUCACAGCUGGUGUUUCCAAGCAUAGCGACGGAAUGCAUUACAAAAUAGAAGCCCAAUUCGGAGACAGCGAUUGUCCGAAGGGAAAAACAGACAAUUGCAAACUUCUAUCUGACCCUAAAGUAAGACAGUGUAUGCUAGAUAUUGUGAUGGCUUCUGGGGUAAAUAAUGUACCUUCGAAAGUCACAGUUGACUGCAAAACUCAAAAAAACUCUCCAGAGAAAUCGGAAGAAAAAUCUGAUACAGUAAAAUCCAGACCUCGCCGUGAUACGGAAAGGAUUAAACGAUCCACGGAUUUAGAGUUCCAGGAGGAGUUUGACGAACCUUUUCCAAUAGACGAUCAAGUUAAAAAGGAAGUUCAGCUCGGUCUAAAAAAAUACGCUGAGACUAGUAAAAGUCCCUACGAACCAAUUAUAGCUAAAAUCACUCAUUCGACUCUUAAUCGCAACCUCAUGGUCCAAAAAGCGACUGUCAAAAUCGGAGACAGCAAUUGUAAGAGAGGAGAACACCACAAUUGCAAACUUCAAGCUGACACAAAAUUAAAAGAUUGUUUGAUAAGAAUACCGUAUUCAGGCUCCGACAGUGAAAAUUAUAGGGAACUCACAGUUGAUUGCAACCAUUUAAAGAAAUCUCCAAAGGAAUCUAAAAAAAAAUCCAAAGAUGUUAACUCUAAGCAGGAAACAUUACCGUUGGAUGUAAACGCUUCUUAUACUAAAAGUACCGCAGAACUCGGUCUCCCAGAAUACUCCAAGAAAUAUCAAAGUCCUAAUGAACCUAUUAUCGCCAAAGUAAUUAAAGGUUCUUCUACCGAACUUGAAGACAAUGCGCGAUACGAAAUAGAAGUACAAAUUGGAGACAGCGAUUGCGUAAAAGGAACAAGAAAAAAUUGCAAACUUCAAUCUGGUGCCAAAUUAAGAGAUUGUGUGAUAACAGUUUUGUUGGUACCCUGGGUAGGUGACCCUUUGAAAGUCAUAGUUGACUGCAAACCUUUAAAGAAAUCGCCAGAAGAAUCUGAAGAAAAAUCCGAUAAAGUAAAAUCUAGACGUCGUCGUGACACUCUCCUCGACGGUAGAACAGCGAUGGAUGUAAACGAUUCUGAUAUUCAAAAUUAUGCAAAUACUGGCAGAACCAAAAGAUCGCUAAGAGGUCAAAAUUACAGCCAGAAAAUGUUGCAGCAGGCCGAGGAAAUGAAAGAAGAACAAAACACCGAUCAAUCUGAAAAGGACAAUCUUCGAGAAGAAAGUUACACAGACAAAAUGCUGAGGCAGGCAGAGGAAAUUAAGGAAGAACGAAUGAAGGAUCUUGUCUCUGAAGAAAGAUCUCUAAGGGGACAAAAUUAUAAUCAGAAAAUGCUGAAGCAAGCAGGGGAAAUGAAAGAAGAAGGAAAUACCGAUCAAUCUGAAAAGGAAAAUCUUCAAGGAGAAAAUUACAGUCCAAAAAUGCUUAGACAAGCGGAGGAAAUCAAGGAGGAACGAAUGAACGAUCUCGUCUCUGAAGAAAGGUCCCUAAGGGGUCAAAAUUAUAAUCAGAAGAUGCUGAAGCAGGCUGGAGAAAUUAAAGAUGAGACUUUAGAAGCAGAGCAACUCUUUCGAAAUUUCGUUCAGGAAUUCCGAAAAGUUUAUCCGAAUGAUGAAGAGAAGCAGAAGCGUCUUGGGAUCUUCAGAGAAAAUCUGAAGAAAAUUGAAGAACUGAGGAGAUACGAAGAGGGAACUGGGGAAUAUGGAGUGACGAAUUUUGCUGAUCUCACUACCGAAGAAUUUAGAUCCAAUUAUUUGGGUUUGAGACCAGAAUUGAAAUCAGAAAACGAAAUUCCCUUCCCGAUGGCUGAGAUUCCGGAUGUUAGUUUACCAACGGAAUUUGAUUGGAGGAAGAAAAAUGCCGUGACUGGGGUGAAAGAUCAAGGAUCUUGUGGAUCAUGUUGGGCCUUUUCUGUAACGGGAAAUAUUGAGGGUCAAUAUGCGAUAAAGCAUGGAGAAUUGUUGUCGUUUUCGGAACAGGAAUUGGUGGAUUGUGAUAAACUUGACGAAGGUUGCAAUGGUGGAUUACCGGAUUCGGCUUAUAGAGCAAUUGAGAAGUUGGGAGGGCUGGAAACUGAGAGUGAUUAUCCUUAUGAUGCGGAGGAUGAUACUUGUCAUUUUUCGAAGUCAAAGAUCAAGGUUAAAGUGCUUUCUGCUGUGAACAUUACUUCUAAUGAGACAGAAAUGGCGCAAUGGCUGGUUCAGAAUGGACCGAUUUCUAUCGGAAUCAACGCUAAUGCGAUGCAAUUCUACAUAGGCGGAAUUUCACAUCCGCCGAAAUUCUUGUGCGAUCCGAAGAAUCUUGACCAUGGGGUUCUUAUUGUCGGAUUUGGAGUUCAUACUUACCCAAUUUUCAAGAAGACUCUUCCAUUCUGGAUAGUAAAGAACUCAUGGGGUCGAAGAUGGGGUGAACGUGGCUACUACAGAGUUUAUCGUGGAGGAAGUACUUGCGGUGUAAACCAAAUGGCUUCCAGUGCAAUAGUAGCCUAAGCUUUUUUUUUUAAUUUGAAAAACAAAAAGACACUCUCUUGAAAAAAAAAAAAAUAACGACCAGA